CUCGCCGCAGCGACCGAUACGAUUCAACCACCCAACGCCAACCGACAACAUCUCGUUGCGCAUCUCCGACGUUCAAGAUGCGUACCUACGACGAUUCUUUCAGCGGUCAGAAGAUCUACCCUGGAAAGGGUAAGCUGUACGUCCGUGGCGACAGCAAGAUCUUCCGCUUCCAGAAUGGAAAGUCCGAGUCCCUCUUCCUCCAGCGCAAGAACCCCCGCCGCAUCUCCUGGACUGUCCUCUACCGUCGCCAGCACAGAAAGGGUAUCUCUGAAGAAGUCGCUAAGAAGCGUACCCGCCGUGCCGUCAAGUCCCAGCGUGCUAUCGUUGGUGCUUCCCUCGACGUGAUCAAGGAGCGCCGCAACCAGCGCCCUGAGGCCCGUGCUGCUGCUCGCCAGCAGGCCAUCAAGGAGGCCAAGGAGAAGAAGGCCGCUUCCGAGAAGGCUAAGAAGGCCGAGAAGGCCAAGAACGCCGCCGCCGGCAAGGGUACCGCCCAGCGCAUCCAGAGCAAGCAGGGUGCUAAGGGCUCUGCCCCCAAGGUUGCCGCCAAGUCUCGUUAAACGGAAUAGAAGCGGUUUGGCUUGGGCUGGGGAGUAUGAAGGAAUUCAGGAGGUUUCCGGAGCUGGAAUUUGUGUCUCCUUCACAAAAUUUUAUGCAAUAAAUCGGCGUAUGUGCGAUGGUUUCUUGCGGACGAGAUUCCCGCACGGCUCUCAGAUAGGCUCUGUCAUUAUGCGCCAUGGUAUUUACCAGGAAAUGGAAAAAUGGAUGUGACAUGAUAGCCGUUUUUGUCGCUCUGGGCCUGUAGAUUCCUGUACGGGUUUUUUAGUUUACGAUGUGACAUAAUGUCAUAAUUGGAUUUAAAUUGUUCUC